AUGGAAGAUAAAAUCAAAAUGUUAAGCAGUACUAGUGGAGCAGCCAAAAAACGUAAACAAAAAAAAAUUGAAGAAUCUAAAGCAAAACUUCCUAAAAUUACUAGCUUUUUAAAAGGUGCUAAUAAGGAAAUUGUUGAGAAAAUUGGACCAGAUAUUUCAAAUAAUUUAAGGGACAACGUUACAAAUUUAGAUGACCAUCCUAUAGAAAGUGGUUUUGUUGAACGAGCUUGGUUAUGUUAUUCAUUAAAAUUGGACGCAGUUUAUUGUGAACCAUGUUGGCUUUUUUCAAAUAUAAGUCAAGAUCAGUGGCAUAACCAUGGUAUAAGAGACUGGAAACAUUUAUCACAAAAAAUUUCACAACACGAAAACUCAAAGUCACACUUAACAUCUUGUUUUGUAUAUGACCAAUGGAAACAAAAUAGAUCUUUGAAUACUAAAAUUGAAGAACAAUAUAGAUAUAAUUUAAGUUUUUGGGCCCAAGUUCUAGAAAGACUAUUUAGUAUAACUCUAGCUUUAUCUAAAAAUUCUUUAGCAUUUCGAGGACAUCGUGAAUCAAUAACUGACACAUAUAAUGGAAAUUUUUUAUUUCAAGUUAAACUUUUAGCAAAGUAUGAUGAUGUAUUAAAACACAUAAUGAGCAUGCCUAAAGGAAGUAUCAAGUAUUUAAGCCCUCAAAUACAGAAUGAGAUAAUACACUGUUUGGCAAAUGAACUUAGGAGAGUAUUGAUUUCAAAAAUUAAAACUGCGCCAUUUUACUCCAUUAUUAUAGACACUACUCAAGAUAUUUCAAAAAAAAGACCAACUAAGUGA